AUGAACCCUUUGAAGUGUGUUUUCGUCGUCACGUCAGGUAAAUUCCUUGGUUUCAUCGUUAAACAUCGAGGCAUCGAAGUAGAUCAGACUAAGAUUAAAGCCAUUCGAGAUAUGCCCGAGCCAAGAAAUUUACGUGAGUUGAAAAGUUUACAAGGACGCCUCGCGUUUAUUCGGCGAUCCAUCUCAAAUUUAGCAGGGAGGUGUCAGCCAUUCUGUCGCCUUAUGAAAAAGGAUGUUCCAUUUGUUUGGGAUGAAGCUUGUCACAAUGCCUUUGAAAGCAUAAAGAAGUACCUAUCGAGUUCACCACUGUUAGGAGCUCCUAUUCCAGGCAAACAACUCAAAUUGUACAUUGCGGCUCAAGAAAGGUCAAUUGGAGCCCUUUUAGAGCAAGAGAAUGAGUCACACAAAGACCAAGUACUCUACUAUCUAAGUCGAACGCUUACUGCAAAGGCGGUUAAGGGGCAAGCUGUUGCAGACUUCCUAGCCGAUUAUCCAAUUCGAACAGACUGGGAAAUUUCGAAUGACUUACCUGACGAACAAGUCUUCUUCGCUGACGUUUCUCCUGCUUGGAAGAUGUUCUUUGAUGGAUCGGCUCGUAAAGAUGGGGCGGGGGCUGGCAUAGUCUUCGUAUCACCCGAGAGACAUGUAUUGCCCUAUUCAUUCUCCUUAAGUGAACUUUGCUCGAACAACGUUGCAGAAUACCAAGCUUUGAUCAUGGGCUUAUAUAUGGCCGUGGAGAUGAAGAUAUCGAGCUUAGAAGUAUAUGGUGACUCCAUGUUAGUGAUCAACCAACUGUUGACUCACUACGAAGUUAGAAAGGAUGAUCUAAUUCCAUACCACCAAUUAGCCAUGCAAUUACUAGAAAGGUUUGACUUCGUGAUGCUGGAGCACGUGCCAAGAAAAGAUAACCAAAUGGCAGAUGCCUUAGCCAACCUUGCCGCUACAUUGGCAUUGACAAAAGAUGAAGCAAUAAAUCUUCCAGUUUGCCAACGUUGGGUCGUUCCAUUAACGCUUGGGACAUCGCAAGAAGGAGUCAACGUUAUCUCGGUACUGUCCAUUGACGUUGACGACUGGAGACAACCUUUAAUUGAUUAUCUUGAGCAUGGAAAACUGCCAGAUGAUUCAAGACAUCGAUCGGAGGUACGAUGUCGGGCACCUCGAUUCAUUUAUUACAAAAAAAUUCUCUACCGUCGUUCAUUUGAAGGCGUAUUUCUAAGAUGCUUGGACAAAGAAGAUGCAUUCAAAGCAAUGGAUGAGGCUUACUCAGGAAUUUGUGGAGCACAUCAAUCAGGGCUAAAACUACAUUUCCAAAUAAAAAGGAUAGGCUACUAUUGGCUGACUAUGGUCAAGGAUUGCAUGGAUUAUGUGCAGAAAUGCCAAGCAUGUCAAUUCCAUGCCAACUUUAUCCACCAACCGCCAGAGCCGCUACAUCCUUCGAUUACUUCAUGGCCAUUUAAUGCGUGGGGUCUUGAUGUGGUGGGACCAAUAGCACCUAAAUCUUCCGACGGUCAUUCUUACAUCCUUGCAGCCACAGACUACUUCUCAAAAUGGUCGGAAGCUAUGCCUCUAAAGGAAGUGAAGAAAGAAAAUAUAGUGAGCUAUAUCAAGGUAAACAUCAUUAAUCGGUAUGGUGUACCACGCUACAUCAUCAUAGAUAAUGGAAAGCCAUUCUCGAAUCGGUUGAUGGAUAAAUUGUGUGAAGACUCUGGUUUCAAACAACGCAACUCUUCAAUGUACAAUGCCCCAGCCAACGGUCUUGCAUAA